GUGGAGCUGACCUCAAUGAAAGCUUCACGGAGAGGACCAGGCAUACAGAAUGGAGGUUUCUCUCCUCUGGUGGACUUGCCUCUGCCUGAUGCUGCACAAGUCUUCCCAAGUGGACCUUAAAAACUGCGGGAGCAGCGGUCUGGUGUGCCACGCCAAUGCAGAAUGCAUGAACACAAUCGAAGGCGGCUUCGUGUGCAUCUGCAAGAUGGGCUACAAUGGAAAUGGGGUCAACUGUGCCGACAUUGAUGAAUGCAGCAAUUCCCUGCACCAAUGCUCUAAAGAGGCCACCUGUAUCAACAGUCCAGGAAGUUACACCUGCAUGUGCAAAGCUGGCUACUCUGGCAAUGGAUUUGAAUGUUCCGACAUUGACGAGUGCCAGUCCAGCAAUGGCUGGUGCCACGUCAACGCAAAGUGCCUAAACUCUGCUGGCAGCAGGACGUGUCAGUGCCUACCUGGCUUCACGGGCAAUGGUUUCAAUUGCACAGAUAUCAAUGAGUGCUCCACCCGGGGGAUAUGCCACUGGGAUGCCAUUUGUACCAACACCCCAGGCUCGUAUUCAUGCAGCUGCAAGCCAGGCUUCAAGGGCAAUGGCAACUACCUGUGCCUGGAUAUUGAUGAGUGCUCAGAUUCCCCUGGCAUGUGCCCCACCAACUUUGGACAUCAAGGAUGCAAAAAUAUGCCUGGCUCUUAUGAAUGCCUUUGUGCCAAGGGGUACCAGGCCAAUGGAAACAUCUGCACUGACAUUGAUGAGUGUUCCACUAACUUUUGCAGCCCCUUUGCAAACUGCAUCAAUAUUCCUGGCUCUUACUCCUGCACAUGCAAAACUGGCUUUGUUGGCAACGGAUUAACCUGCGUGGACAUCAAUGAGUGCACUGGCACCAACAACUGCCAUCCCAAUUCCACAUGUGUCAACUUUCUUGGCAGUUUCAGCUGUACCUGUAAUACUGGCUUCACGGGCAGCGGGCUAACCUGCACAGACAUCAACGAGUGUGCCCGGCCAGGCCUCUGCCCUACCAAUUCCACCUGUUUCAACACACAAGGAUCUUAUCUCUGCCAGUGCACUCAGGGGUUUAACUUCACUGGUGUCAAGUGCGAAGAUAUCAAUGAGUGUGCCCAGAAACAGUGCAGCCCACAAGCUUCCUGUCUCAAUCUGCCUGGCUCCUUCGUAUGCACCUGCAACCUGGGCUACGUGGGCGAUGGCCUCACCUGUGAUGAUAUUAAUGAGUGCACUUUUAAGGAGCGGCUGUGCCACCUGAACGCAGUCUGCUCUAACCAACCUGGCUCCUAUUCAUGCAGUUGCCAAGUGGGCUACUCUGGAGAUGGCACUUCACAGUGCAUUGACAUAAACGAAUGCGCAGCAAGAAAUGGGAGCUGUGGCACAAAUGCCACGUGUGUGAAUACUGCCGGGUCCUUCUUCUGCCAGUGCACCAGUGGCUACCAGUUGAUUAAUAACACCCUCUGUGUCGACGUGGAUGAAUGCCGGAAAGGUGCUUCCAUCUGCCAGGCUAACGAGGAGUGCAUGAACAUGCCUGGAUCUUACCAGUGCAAGUGCAAACCUGGCUUUGCCAAACAAAAUGGAGUCACAUGUACAGAUGUUGACGAAUGCCAGGGUAAACCAUGUGAUGCCCUUGCGUCUUGCUUUAAUACCUUUGGGUCUUUCGUUUGCACGUGCAAAGCCGGCUAUACAGGCAAUGGCUUGAAGUGCACUGAUAUUGAUGAAUGCAGCCAGCCUGGUGCUUGCCACUCCCAUGCCUCCUGCAUCAACCUGCCAGGGAACUUCUCAUGUCAAUGCUCUGAAGGGUUUGAUGGGAACGGCUUCUCCUGUGAAGAUAAAAAUGAGUGCACCCUAAGGAACGACACCUGCCCCCUGGGUACUGUCUGCCUAAAUUCUGCUGGGUCCUAUGCAUGCUCAUGUUUAAAUGGCACUCUGGCACUGAACGGGAGCUGCGUGAGGCCACUCAACAACUGCACACCAGCAUGCCACCCAAAAGCUCUGUGUCACCAAGCACGUCAAGUGUUCCAGUGCGUCUGUGAUUCUGGCUUUGAGGGGAAUGGAGUCCAGUGUCAAGAUGUGGAUGAGUGCAAGGAGAAUGUGUGCCUGGACCGCCAGAUGAUAUGCCUCAACAUACCAGGCUCCUUCACCUGUGUGUGUAAAUCAGGGUUCACCCUCAAUGGCACCUCUUGCCAAGAUGUGGAUGAGUGCCAGUUCGGUGUCCAGCGGUGCAGCUCCUUUGCAGCAUGUACCAACUUGCUGGGAGGUUACCAGUGUAAGUGUUUGAAUGGAUUCACAGGAGACGGAUUCAACUGCCAGGACAUUGAUGAAUGCCAAAGUCAAAAUGGAAGAUGUCACCCAACGGCGGCCUGCUUUAAUACACCUGGAGGUUACCUCUGCACCUGCCCUUUAGGCAUGACGGGCAAUGGGACAGAAUGCUGGGACAUCGAUGAGUGUGCAGAGGCUGGAAUUAAUGACUGCAGUCCAUAUAGCCUGUGUGCCAACACAGAGGGAUCUUACACAUGCCAGUGUGCGCCUGGCUUCCAUGGAGAUGGCUACUCAUGCACAGACCUAGAUGAAUGUGCCCAGGCCUUCACAUGUGACAAUGACACAGAGUGCACAAACACCCCAGGAUCUUACACGUGUGCUUGCACCCAUGGCAUUAUGUACCCAGUGGGGGUGUGCCUUGGCUUUCUUGACCCAGUAGGUCUAGCUGCCCUCGAUCAACAUGCAGACUGCACAGCAGUGAAGGGUUCCCUCUACUGCAGCUGCCAACCUGGCUUUACGGGCAAUGGUACCUACUGCUAUGACCUGGAUGAAUGUUCUGAAGGUGGCACAGUUUGUCAUUCUAUCUCUGUGUGUCACAACACCAUUGGAUCAUACUGGUGCCAAUGUCUGGAAGGCUAUGAAGGGAAUGGCACUGCCUGCUAUGACAUAAAUGAGUGCCAUGGAAAUGACACUUGCCCUGCCAACAGUACUUGCGUGAAUGUGGCUGGUGCCCAUUUCUGUCAAUGUAGCCCUGGAUUCACAGGCAAUGGCUCUCUUUGUGAAGAUAUUGAUGAGUGCCUUUCAUUUUAUGAUGAUAGUCCCUGCACCAGUGGCUUGUGCAUCAACACUGUGGGCUCCUUUGAGUGUGUGUGUGAUCAAGGCUUCCAGAGCAAUGGCACCUCUUGUACGGAUAUUGAUGAGUGCAUAUUGGGCCUAGUAGACUGCGGCAACCACUCGAUCUGUGUUAACACUGCCGGCUCCUAUGAGUGCUCAUGUCACCCAGGAUUCACUGCCAAUGGGACAGUCUGUAUAGACACGAAUGAAUGCCAAGUACAAGAGACCAUGUGCCAUAGUGAUGCAUUCUGUACCAACACACAGGGCUCCUUCCACUGUCAGUGCAGAAAUGGCUAUCAAGGUGAUGGGUACACCUGCUCAGAUGUCGAUGAGUGUCAGGUAGAUGGCAUCUGCCCUUCUGAUUUCCAGUGUGCCAAUACACAUGGCUCCUAUCACUGCUCCUGCCCACCUGGAUUCAGAAGUGAUGGGCAUUCCUGUCAAGAUGUUAAUGAGUGCAUUAAUCAGACCGGACUAUGCCACCUAGCAGCCACAUGCACCAACCUACCAGGAUCCUACAGCUGUGAAUGUUUAGUGGGCUACUCUGGGGAUGGACACUCUUGCAGAGAUGUGGACGAGUGUUCAACACGAGAAAGCCUCUGUCACAAGCAAGCCACAUGCAGAAACAGCCUUGGCUCUUAUCAUUGUAUAUGCAAAGCUGGCUUUGGGGUCAGUGGGGCAAGCUGCAUUGAUAUCGAUGAAUGCCAGCAAGAGAGAGGGCACUGUCAUGGGCAGGCAGCUUGUGUGAACACUGUGGGUAGCUACUACUGUGUGUGUGCUCCGGGCUUCACUGGCAAUGGAAGGUCCUGCUUUGACAUCAACGAAUGUGAGGAACGGCAGCCCUGCCCACCAGGAAGCAACUGCAUCAACUUGGGGGGCUCCUACACCUGCACGUGUGCAUCCAGCACCCCCUGUGGCCUGCCCUUGGUACCCGAAGGUCGCCUUUACCCUUAUGGAGUCAAUGUGGGUGACAGUACAGUCCAGCCAACAGGCAGUGAUGUAAAUUCUCCCUUCAUUGAUGCUCCAAUGGGAAUCCCGUUCCUUGGAUCAGUGUGGGACAGGGUAUAUUUUUCAGACAAUGGUUUGGUGCAGUUUCAGUCCUUGGAUGCCAAUGACAAGUAUUUAUUUCCAAACCCCCCGGAGAAUGGCUUCCAGGGUAAUGAAGGAUUCCCCAUGCUGGCGGUAUUUUGGGAUGACGCUGAUCUCUCAUUAGGAGAUGGUAAAUUAUUUUACCAGGCUUACAGCAGUCCCGGUAAAGACAAAUUCUACUCUAAAAUGGUUUUCAAUAGGACAGCUGAGGAUGUGAACAGAUUUUUAGCACAACAGAGAAACCCUGUAAACUUUGUGCCAAGGUGGAUCCUGAAAAUAACCUGGGAUAGCCUCCUCCCUGUCUCCUUACAAAGAGUGAACAGCACACAGACAAACACAUUCCAGUGUAUCCUUACAACAGACAACAAUCGAACCUUUGCUCUUCUGAAGUUUUCCCAAAUGUUGUGGGGCCCUGAACAGAGAGUGCAUCACUGGGCCACGAUGGGGUACACAAAUGGGGCAACCGAGUUCUACAAUGACCCGCAAACACAGCAGAAUAACAUCUUUGGAUCAAAGGGUCGAUAUCGUCCACAUCAGGCCACUGGCAACACGGGGCUCCAAGGUCAAUGGAUUUAUCAGCUUGACAGGGUCAACGUCAGUGGAAGCAAGGACACCAAUGAUCGCACUAAAUGCCAGCAGUGGUACCUGAGUGAACCAUCUCCUUCCACGUGGACUGCAGAUCUUAUCCCCUGCCCUUGCCACAGUCAACAGGCUGUAGAGGAUGCUAGCUUUUCUUUGGAGAUUCUCCCUUUACUAAUGGCACCCCAAGUACAGGCUCUGCGGAGCUUAAACUCUGAUGGUAUUGUUUUCCAGCCAGUUUUACCCAGUAGCCAAGGUGCUGGGCAUAGAUGUACCUAUGAUUACAAAGGAUAUCUUCUCCAUGGCAGCUCUGAGCGCUACUUCAUCUACAAUGCCAAUGCUCCUGUUGUUCAAGACCACAUCAAUAAAGAUCUGCUGCCGUUCGACUGGUGCUGUAUUAAAUCUCUGCUAUGCCAUCUGUAUUAUACCAAACGACCUGCAGACAACUGCUCAAAGUACUUCCCUGGUGGCAUUGGUAUCAGCAUUACGGUGAGGCUAUAG